AAAUAAUGACAAGCGUAGCUAGGUCUUCCGAGACUGAAAAUACUGGAAUUUCUGGUGAGAUUAUUUUUUUAUACAUAAAAAUAUCAUGUCUGUUUUUUUAAACUCAACUUUGAUAAGCCCUGUUCACUGAAAUCGUUUGUACACGCAGUUUUUACCAUAGAGAAAGGACACAUCUCUCUGCAUCACUAACUGUUCACGUUGCGCGUGACGCGUGGUUGAGGUGACGUCACGAUACGUCACGACAGUCCUGCACCAAUCACAACUCACCAUCGACGCGUUCGUAUCCCUUAUUACCAGCAUGGUUUGAUCUUAACUCUGACUCUCCUUUCGCAGCUUUCCGGUGGAAGUUGGAGGUGUGCAUGAUCAAGUCUCACCUACAGUUCAGACCUGGUGAGGUAGUGGUCGUAGGAAAGUUAGCGUAGUUGACCAAAGCCGCGAAUCGAGCACGGAGAGGCAAGGGGAACGACUGCAGCUGAGGCCAAGCACCGCUGGGCAAGAGCGUCCAACCCAAUCGAUCGUGUGCCGGGAUUAAACCGUGUCCAACAACUCGGCUACAGCCUAGUGUUUCAGUACAGCCCUGAGCGACUCUGCGCGGCUGAGCUGAAAAAAUUACACCGUGAAUCCUGUGUGCUGUGCAUGGUUCAUUCAGCUCCACCGAGCAGAAAACCUUGAAACGGUGAUGCCUGCUCCACCGGCAAAUUGAAGCAGCAAUUGUUGCUUCGUGCAUGCCUCGUGCACCGAUUGUCUUCGCCUCUGGAUUCUGUGAGGCAGACUGAAGAGCAUCAUUGUGCUUCGUUUGAGUUUGACCAGCCCUUCACAGGACCGGUAAUCAUCUUUAAAGUCAAGGAGUGUGUUUCCUUAGCUGUUGUAAGCGUCUUGCCUGAUAGUCUCCUCCAAGGCCCAGCAGGCAUCUUCGGGCAUCCAAGCUCUCUCAGCCCCCAUCACAAGCCCCUCACCUCCCCUCCGCCUCCGCCAUGGACCACCUCCGCUCCCUCGGUAGCCAGCUCCGGAGCUCCAUUCUGCGCUACGGAGUGCCCAUCUACGAGACCAAAGGGGAGGACAUAGAGCUGUGUAACUCCGCGGCCAGCGAGACUACUCUUGGGAGUCUACAGCCGAACGGCCACAUCACACUGGUGGAAGCGAAGAGCGAUGGGGUGCCACCGAGUCAAGAUAUGCAAAGCGGAGGGACGAGUUCGGUUUGGCAGGCAGGUUGGAACGUGGGCAACUGUAUGCAAGGCAUCGGCAUGCUGAGCUUGCCGUACAUGGUGAGAGAGGGCGGGCUAGCUGCUCUCAUUACAAUGGCCGUGGUGCUUAUCAUCGGAAACUACACCAGUAAGGUUUUAGUGUACUGUCUCUAUGAAGAUCGUCUGAACCUGGAGUCUGACGGCAAACCCUACCUGGUGCGCGUGCGCAACACGUAUGCGGACGUAGCAGACGCCUGUUAUAAAUCUGGCGGCACCGUCUUGAACGUUAUGCAAAUUGUUGACGUCAUAGCCGUGGCGGCGCUCUACCUGGAGUUGGCGGGCUCGCUCCUCGUGGACACAUUCUCCCUGGCGGGACUUUCGAAACUCACGUGGACCGUCCUGUGCGCGGUGUUUUUACUGCCGACCAUUUUCUUCAGGAACCUGACCAAGAUCUCGUGGCUGAGCUGCAUCGCGGUGCUGUCCCUCAUCAUCAUGUUCUUUAGCGUGGUGUGGUAUAGCCUCGGCAAGAGCAUAGUGUGGGAUAUCAAAAGUGUACCCGCCUUCAAUCUCCAGACAUACUCGGUCAGCGCCUCCAUCAUCCUGUUCAACUUUGGCACCCAGUUCAUCAUGCCUGGAGUGGAGGAUAGCAUGAAGAACCGAUCCCGUUUCAAUCGCAUGGUCAACUGCACCUACCUGAUCACCGGCGUGUUGAAUAUCGCCUACGCGCUCUUCGCCUACCUCUCGUUCGGUAUGGAGACCAAGGAGUUCAUCACGUACAACAUGCCCUUGGGACCGCUCCAGGCAGCGGUCAGUAUGCUGUUUGUCAUCAAGUCCCUCCUAUCCUAUCCCUUGAUGUUGUUUCUGAUCGUCAACUCCGUAGAUUCCAUGAAGCUGUCCUGUUUACCGCCUUGCAGCGGGCCGAACCCCGAUCGCAUGCCGCCGGUCUGGGCCAUGAUAUUUCGCGCGCUCUUGGUCCUCUUCACGUUGUUGCUGGCCGUGAUCAUACCACACUUCACGCUGCUGAUGGGCGUUACUGGAAGCCUGACCAGCCCCUGGCUUGAUUUUAUCUUCCCCUGUUUAUUCUACCUGAAGUUAAGGAGGAACUCGCUUAAAUGCUGGGAGGUUGUCAUAAAUUAUCUCAUUAUAGGAGUAGGGGUCUUAGGUGGGGUUGUCGGUUUGAUUUAUUCAAUGAAGGCAUUAGUUCAUGCCUACGCAGAGGAUUUCAGCUAGAUGAAAUUAUCAUAUUAGCUGUAAGUUUUCCAGUCCAAUUUUACAACUUUUUCGUUCAAUCAAACAUAAUGUUUAUUCAAAUUCGCACACUCGGUUCAAUUUAGCGAAAGUUGAAAAUCAAUAAACGAAUUGAAACACACACAAAAAGUUGAACGUACACUACUUUGAAAACACUAAAAAAAAAAGGAGAUCAAAUAUUAUAACUGCAAUUUAGAACCUGACAAUCUGACCGACUUCCUUAUAAACUUCAUGAAAUGGAAUGCACAUUUUGUCCGAUUGAUUGAACAAGUUGCAAAAUUGGUCGGGAAAACCUAUAUUUUCAUAAUAGUCAGAUUUUUGUUGUGCAAUAUCAUUACAUUUUUGUCAGGUAGCAUACCGUAUUUUAUGAUCAUGUUUAUGUGCCAAAGUCCUAUAUUGUUUGUUCAUGCCAAUCCUAGGAUGCCCUUCUCCAUUCACCAGUGAGAGGCUGAAUUCGUCAUUUUUGUGCGUACGGUAUGUAAUCAUAUUUUAAAUUGUUCCUAUUUUGGUAAAUAAUCCUAUUAUCUUGCCGUUGUAAAUAAUCAGUGAGUAGAGAUGGCCGCAAAGAGUUAAUAAUUUCUAUGUAUUGCUUUAUAUUCGAGAGUCAUGCUGUUAUAGUCUGGUUCCCUGUCCCAUUGUCCUUCGGACUUCAAAUAUUGGUGACAGGUAGCUAGCAGUGAAUCCAGAAUGCAUAAGGAGGCUUUGCUUUCCUCCAAAUGUAUGCAAGUUAUAUGCAUCACGUGUAGGCCUAUAGGUCUGAAUUCGGCCUCCCUGAUAUGAAUUCAAAAUCAGAACAGUAACGUUUGCGCGCAACCAGUCUAUUGCAAAAUGGCCAUGGGCCACGAAUGUGCAAUUUCGGAGGUGAUGAGCUUCAAUUUUUGCUGAUGUCAAAAGUGUCUCUGGCAAAUAUCAAUAUAGAGAGAGGCAUUAGGGGUCUACUGUUCAGUAUUUUAAAACCUAUGCAGUUGAAAUGCUUGAAAGUUGCCUUCAUAGAGACACUGGCGAUUUCGCCUACUUUUUGUGGUAAGACAAAAGUCAGUUUUUUGAUACCAUGUGUUAAAGUAUCGUCCAUGCACAACGCUGAGAAGUGAUUCAAAAAUAAACAAUCGUGCUGCGCGCGCGCAGAGGUUAUCCAAUCAGUGGCUAUAAAUGGGAGCUAUCUACCGGUCCCAUAUUUUUAGGGGCCGGCAAACAGUCUAAUACUGUAAACUGAAACCCGAGUGAAGUCAACAGAGGGCGCUUUAAUUAAGAAACCCCCACAGCUCAGGAAUUCAACCAGUUUAAUAAGUAUAGGUCCACUCAGUUCAGAAAUUAUGAAACAAUGCGUAUUGUCCAGUGUGUUUUCUUCAGAGAAAUUCGAUGUCCAGUGCAGUGUUCUUAAGUUCAAUUUAUUCACAAGUCACUGUUUACUGUAGCCUGUGUGUAUUUCUUGAGGCUUUUAAAAUAUGAUGUGGAGAGUUCGAUCAUUUUUGUAAUUUGAAAAAAAAGAAGUCUUUUAACAUAGUUUUCUUUAGAAGAUUUAUUUAACUAACGUAAGACAAAUAGAGGCUAUUGAUGAUAGCAGUUUAUCUAAAUUAUAUCUCAAUAAAACGUUUAGCUUUGCAGCUGCA